CUCCACGCUGAGGUGUCGUGUUACUUCGACAAGACAAAACCCAUAAGCCAUAUGGGCAUCAAUGCGUUCACCCGUCCCCUGAGGCACCUCUGUUCUUGCUCAGUUCUGUCCUUUUUAACUCUUUAAUUCUCUCUCUCUCUCUUGAAUUAUUACGAUUUGCGUGCUUCUGGAUUGAUCCUUUUGUAUGGGUGAUCGGAGAACGGGGCUUGCUCGCUCCUCCUCUAGUUUCUUUCCAUCUAGAGCUGAGACUUUCUGGGAUUCACUUGCAGUUUUGGGUUUGUGGUUUCAACUUCUGGAGUGUACUCAUUGGGGGCUUUUGCAUUUCAUUUUGUUUGCUGGGAGGAGGUUAAAAGAUUCCAUCUUUCGCGAGUCGUAGAGGCAUCGAUCCAAUUGAAUCUGAAUGCCAGGGUAUUGGAUCCCAUGCCUUGGAAAGAUGGAAGCUUCAAAACUGGUGAAAGGGUUUGAGCAGACCGAGGGGACUGCUCCGCAGAAAAUAAAUAAAAUAAAAUAAUUAAAUGGGUUUUUUAAAAUUUCUCACCUGCAACGUCUGGGUUGAGUUCACGUGAAGCCGACGCUGCAUGUCCCCGUGAGUUUUGCGGGCAGGAUUUUCGAGAAAGAUGCCCGUUUGAUCAAUGGAGUGAGCUCCUUUACUUUUUCUAUCUGAGCUCUCUGCAAUUAUUAGGGUUUUAGCAGAGUGUGUGGAUAAAUGAAAUUCUUGACUGCGGCUCAUUCUGGUUUAAACAUCGAAGGCUUGAAGCUGCCGGGUGAGUCAAAAAAGGCACUGAUGGUGACUGAAAUUGGCGCCUUUUUGGGCUGUUGGGUUAAGGGUUUGAUUCCUCGUCAAUUCACUCGCUGAUGGUGAUAUUUUGUUGUAAAAGGGAAACGCAUCGCGACAUUGCAUAUGCGAGGCCGUAGAUCUGAGGAUUUUGAUCUCACAACUCAUAUCGGUAAAAACAAGAACAGAGGAUAAUCAAAAGGCUACGGGCGGGUCGAGUGAUUUUUGGCUUUUUAGAUACCAACAUUCUGAAUCGGUGUGGAUUCUCCGCUGUCUCCGAAGGUUCGAGCACCAGCUGUCUGUGGGAAAUUAAUUGGAUCAAGAGUUCAAUUUAAGAUCAUUAUUAGUGCAAUCUGGAUACACCAUUCCAAGAACCCCCCAAUCAAUGUUCUUAAUGGAAGGGGAACGACGACUCGUUCCGAAGUCCUCUGUCAACAUCUUCUACCUCUUCUUCUUCUUCUUCUUCUCCGCACUCUCUCUUACACCUGUGGCUAGGUCGGGUGACGCAGAAGGGCUUUUAACCUUGAAAUCGUCAAUUGAUCCUUUGAACACGCUCCCAUGGCGAGGGAGCGAGGUCUGCAAGUGGAAAGGGGUCAAAGAGUGCUUGAGAGGAAGGAUCUCGAAGCUCGUCCUCGAGCACCUAAACUUGAACGGCACGCUACACGGGAAGAGCUUCAACCAGUUAGACCAGCUGCGAGUGCUCAGCUUAAAAGGAAACUCCAUUUCCGGCGAAAUCCCCGACCUCUCCGGACUCGUCAACCUCAAGUCCCUCUUCCUCAGCGACAACAACUUCUACGGCGACUUCCCGGAUUCCAUCUCGCUCCUGCACCGAUUAAAGGUCGUAGACUUGUCGGGAAACCAAAUCUCUGGCCGCAUUCCCGGGACUCUGCUCAAGCUCCGGCGUUUGUUCGUUCUUUACCUGGAAGACAACAGAUUGACCGGUAACAUUCCUCCCCUGAACCAAACCAGCCUUCGAUUAUUCAACGUAUCAAACAACCAGCUCUCCGGAAAAAUCCCAGUAACGCCGGCUUUGGUACGAUUCGACCAAUCCUCAUUCUCCAACAAUCUCAACCUCUGCGGGGAACAAAUUCAAAACCCAUGUAGCGAAAAUCCCAACAACGGGCUCACACCUUCGAUUAGUCCCGCUUAUCCGACGCUGGUUCCGGGCUUAGGUUCCCCGCCGAAGCGGACGAACCGGAAGAUGCUGAUCGUGAUAAUCGCGGGGAGCGUGGGCGGGUUGGUGUUGCUACUAAUAUGCAUAGGGCUGAUUUGCUUGGCGUGUAAUGUAGGGAGGAGGAGGAAGAAUAAAGGUUCGGGGGUGGGGUGGAGCAAAGGCGGAGGGGAGGCGAUGGCGGAGGGGGAGGCGGGAGGAAAUGGCAGGGGAGGUGGUAACAACGGGAGAGAGCAGGGGGGAUUGACGUGGGAAAGGGGGGAGGGGUUGGGGAGGUUGGUGUUUUGCGGUGGAGGGGAGAUGGGUUACAGCAUGGAGGAUCUGCUGAAGGCGUCGGCGGAGACGCUGGGGAGGGGGACGACGGGGAGCACGUACAAGGCGGUGAUGGAGACAGGGUACAUAGUGACGGUGAAGAGGCUGAAGGACACAAGGUACCCCCCCAGCCUGGAAGAGUUCAGGGGGCAGGUGGAGAUGCUGGGGAGGCUCAGACAUCCUAAUCUGGUCCCACUCAGAGCCUAUUUCCAGGCCAAAGAGGAGCGCCUCCUGGUUUACGACUACUUCCCCAACGGCAGCCUCUUCUCCCUCAUCCACGGAUCAAGAAAUUCAACCAGUGGGAAGCCUCUUCACUGGACGUCAUGCCUCAAAAUUGCAGAGGACUUGGCUACCGGCCUGCUUUAUAUCCACCAGAACCCUGGCCUGGCACAUGGAAACUUGAAAUCCUCCAAUGUUUUGUUAGGUUCAGACUUUGAGUCCUGCUUCACAGACUACGGCCUGACCAUGUUUAGAGAUCCAGACUCAUUUGAAGAACCUAGUGCUUCUUCCUUAUUCUACAGAGCCCCCGAAUGCCAUGACACCUGCAAGCCGCCCACCCAACAAGCUGAUGUCUACAGCUUCGGUGUCCUGCUCUUGGAGCUCUUAACUGGCAAAACUCCCUUCCAAGACCUUGUACAGAAACAUGGUGCAGACAUCCCUGGCUGGGUUCGUUCAGUCCGUGAAGAAGAGACCGAGUCUGGAGAUGAUCCUGCGUCUGGUAACGAGGCCUCCGAAGAGAAACUCGGGAAUCUCUUAAACAUCGCAAUGGUUUGUGUCUCACUUGUGCCCGAGAACCGGCCGGGGAUGAGGGAAGUUCUAAAAAUGAUCAGAGAGACCAGGGCAGAAAAUCCAGUUUCGUCCAACGGCAGUGACUAUUCACCAGGAAGAUGGUCAGAUACGGUUCAGAGCCUCCCAAGGGAAGAGCAUUUAAGCAUAUGAGUCGUUGGUAAAUUUGGAAGCUCAAAAGCAUGUACUUUGAUUUUUGUUUAUUAGACGCUUAUUCUUUAACAGGGCAUUGUAGAGUCUCCUGGUGUAAAGGUACUCCAUUUUUUCUUCAUGUUUACUUGGAUUUAGGUCGUUUUUUUAGCGGUGGAAAUAAAGUUGUCUACUAAAUGACUCA